GUCUCCUGCCACGAUCUAUAAUAUGUUUUUGCUCUUGAACACCCACAUUUCUAUUGGAGUCAGAUAUUCCCUGGUGUAUUGUAUUAACAUUGUUAUCAUCUUCCGUUAAUUAUCUCGUUUAAUAACAAUACAAUCUUCGCGAUUGCAAAUCUGACAACAUGAUAUUGUUUUUAUACAAGCCAACGAUUCAUUCAUAUCAAGGAGAUACUGACCUAAGAAGAAAAUUUAGACGUAAAGAAAAAACUUGGGAUAAAAAGAAUAAAUAGAAAUUUGAUCAACGAUAAGUUUGUCUCGUGGAUAAGAGUCUUGGAUCAUCUACUAGCGUCUAAUGAGUCAAAAUUUCGUUUUACGGUAGGAGAAGUGUGCUCUCAAAGAAGAAUUAAUUGACAAACCUUAGAAGAUGUAAGGAUUUUGAUUCAAAACCUAUUAUCAUUCAAAAAAAAAAAAAAAAGAAAGAAAGAGAUGUGAUUAUGUUAAUUGAGAUGGCGGGGAAAGUUAACAACAGAAAUUAUCGAGGAAAUUAGUAAUUAACACACAGGAGAACCAAUUAAACUUUGGCAACUGGUAAUGAAAAUUUACAUAUUUCCAGAAGUAACACAAUUAAAACUUGGAUUAAACCAAAAGACAUGUGCAGUUUCUUUUUCUUUAUGUUUUUUGGGUUAACUAAAAACAUAUAUCAAAUCAUUUGCAAUAAAAUAGAGAGCAUGUGGGUGGAUUGCAUCCAACGCUCAAACCUAUAAGUAGCUCUGUUUCCACUGUCUUCUCUCCCAUCAUCCUCUACAACCUUCAAACCAACCUUCCUCCAUCACAUGCCUCCUCUGUUCUUCUGGUGAUAAUAUCUUGUUACCAAAAAGCAUAACAUUGAACGGGAGAGAGAGGGAGGGAGCAUGGGGUGUGCUACGUCUGCUUGUGCUGUUGGGGAAAGUAAGAACAAGAGGAGUAUCAUUCAAGAAUCAGUAGUGUUUGUUCUACAGCUCCGUGUUCCUGUUCAGACUGAUCUUCAGCGCCAACUCAAAGGCGUUGCCUCCAAGACCACCAUCGACCGAUUGGCAUGUCUGAGGAAUCAGAUUCAGUUGGUAGCUGAGGACUCAGGUGGUUCUGCCAUCUCUGAGCUACGUGCACCUUUGGAGGAGUACUUGUCUCUUCUCACCGGGCUUAUCAAGAAAAAGGAUGAUGGGAUGGAGGGAUGCGUAGAGUUCAAAUGGAAACCCCUUGGAGAUGGUGGAAGCGCAGAGUUAUGUUUCACAAACCUUUGGAUGGAGAUGCUGACAGUGAUACACAUGAUGGCUGCUUUGGCAAUGGCUGAAGCUAACUCUCUCAUGAUUCCAAAGAAUCGUUCUGGUUCUGGCCAUGGCGUCCGUGUGGUCUCCAGUGGUUGCAAGAGAGAUGCGGUUGACUUGCUUCUCCAGGCAUCUGGAUACUUGGAGUUCUGCACCCGAGAGAUUCUGCCUCGCAUUGCUCCUGAUAUAAAGAGUAAAUUGCCAGAUGAUAUGCAGGAAAGUGUUUUGCAAACUCUCUCUAUCCAAGCACUUGGCCAGGGAACUGAGAUUCAACUUGGGUUGGCAGUUAAUAGCAAGAAGGCUACACUGUCUGUGAAGAGGAGACUUGCCUGUGAGCAAGUCAUCUAUUUCUCUCAGGCAUAUCAAUGCUUGUCUGGUUGUGCCAUCGUUAGCCAUGGGUGCGCCAAAAAGCUUCUCCUCUUCAUCUUCUGGAAGUUUCUGGAAGCAAAGGCUGCGGCAUACUACUACCAUGGACUGGUAACAGAGAAGGGAAGUGAGCCAGCUUGCCACGCGAGUGCAGUGUGUUGUUUCCUUGCAGCUUCAGAGAUCCUAGGAGAAAGCAAGAAGGCCUGUCUUAGCUUCUGUUUGUCUCCUCCUGUAACCAGGGCUCCUCCUAUGUGGGGAGUUAUGAAGCAUUUGAGCCAGAAGAUUCCAGAAAUUGCUUUUAAAAAGUCUCAAAUGUAUGGAUACUUGCUUAAAGAAGAAGAAAAGGUAAUGCAAAGUUUGCCAGAGCUACCAAACUUUCAGUUGUCACUGAUACCAGAGGAGUUUGAACUGCCUGAAAUGGAAGCCGGCUCUUUUGCCAGAAAACCAGACCCAUUUGCUUACUGAAAACUAGUCUGAGAAUCAUUAUGAGGAUGUCUGAUGAGGAAUUUGAUCACCGUUGAGCAGCACUCUCUACACGUAGUCAUUGGAUAUUUCACCAUUUACAAUUGUUAUGUAACAUUGUUAUUCUAGAGUUACCUCUUUUACACUAGUUUCUUAUCAGACCAAAAAAAUCUGAUCAGUACGCUUGAGUAUAAUAUGUAAUAUCUAUCUGAGUGACUAAUAAAUU